AUGGCAGACACCCUCGAGGACGUGCGCCCCCUGUUCGAGCUCCGCGGGCGGAACUACAUCGUCACGGGCGGCGCCCAGGGCAUCGGCUUCGCCUGCACGCGCGCCAUCUGCGAGAUGGGUGGCAACGUCGCCGUCUUCGACAUCCAGGAGAAGCCCGUGCCCGAGUUCGACGGGCUGGCCGCCAAGUUCGGCACCAGGACCCUCUACGUGCGCACCGACGUGACCAAGGAGGACAGCAUCCGGGCCGCGUUCGACAGGGCCCUGGCCGAGUUCGGCUCGAUCCACGGGUGCGUGCCCGCGGCGGGCAUCGCCAUCGACAAGCCCUUCCUGGAGCAGACGUGGGACGAGUUCACGCGCAUCCAGGACAUCAACGUACGAGGGACGUUCUUCGUCGUCCAGAUGAUCGCGCGGGAGAUGGUCAAGCAAAAGACCGGCGGCAGCUUCGUGCUCCUGGCCUCGCAGUCGGCGCACAUCGCGCUGCCGGGGUACCGCAUGGCGGCCUACAACGCCUCCAAGGGCGGCGUGCUCAUGCUCUCCAAGGCGCUCGCCGUCGAGCUGGCGCCGCACGGCAUCCGCGUCAACACCAUCUCGCCGGGCUUCGUCGACUCGGAGAUGACGCGGACGGUGCGGGAGCUCAAGAGCAAGCGCGAGGGCGAGCAGAUGUGGCUGGCGCCGCCCAACCAGCGCCUGAGCAACCAGAGCGACCUGACCGGCGCCGUCGUCUACCUGCUGAGCGACGCUGCGCGGCAUACGACCGCGGCCGACAUCCAGAUUACGGGCGGUCUUCACGCCGGGACCAUCGAUGGGUUGAUUAGUUACGAGGCCAAGUAG